AUGGAAAAGUAUGAAAACAUUGGAGUAGUGGGUGAGGGGUCAUACGGACUUGUUAUGAAAUGUCGUCAUCGUGAAACAGGACAAUUGGUAGCGAUAAAAAAAUUUAUAGAAACGGAAGAGGAUAUGACGGUACGAAAAAUGGCGCUGAGAGAAAUAAGAAUGUUGAAAAAAUUGAGACACGAAAAUUUAGUAAACAUGAUCGAAGUUUUCAGAAGGAAAAAAAGAUUUUAUUUAGUUUUCGAAUAUAUGGACCACACGAUACUUGACGAACUCGAAGCAGUAGACGGAGGUUUGGGUGAGGAAAAAAGUCGCGAACAUAUUUUUCAAAUAAUACGAGCCGUGGAUUUCUGUCAUAAAAAUCACAUAAUUCAUAGAGAUGUUAAACCGGAAAACGUACUCGUGUCAUCAUCGGGCGUCAUUAAAUUAUGCGAUUUCGGUUUUGCUAGAAUGUUGUCGACAAACGGUGAAGUUUACACGGAUUAUGUUGCGACAAGAUGGUACAGAGCCCCGGAAUUAUUAGUCGGGGAUACAAAAUACGGUAAAGAAGUUGAUAUAUGGGCAAUCGGUUGUUUGUUUGCCGAAAUGAUGUCGGGUGAUCCACUUUUCCCCGGUGAUUCCGACAUUGAUCAAUUAUUUCAAAUAAUGAAAAUAAUGGGAAAAUUGUCGACGAAACAUCAACAGCUCGUGUCGAAAAAUCCAAUUUUUAAAGGUUUGAAAAAACCAACGGAUGAAGGUUGCAAACCUUUGAGUAAAUUAUUUUCAUCUUGGCCAUCAUCCGCCCUGGAUUUUCUCACGUCUUGUCUUAAAAUGGAUCCUCAAUUACGUCCGACAAGUUCUGAAUUAUUAAAACAUCAAUUCAUCGUGAAAGAUAAUUUUUCCGAAAGAUUUUUACCAGAAUUGAGACAGAGAAUAAUGGAAGAAUUUCAAUGUAAUCCCUUACUUAGAAAAUAUCAAUCCGCCAUUUUGUUAGGUUCGGGAGCUAGAAAAAGUAGGGAUUCGAGUUUGAGAGAUAGUGAAACGAGAAAAUUAUCAGUGAGAAAAAAUAGUUUUAUCGAACCGCCGAAAUGGAAAAUAACAUUGUUAAGUGAAAACGGUACGACGAACGAUAGCAGAAGACAAUCCGUGGAAGUUAAUAGAAGUACGAGCACGCGUAGAAAACUCAGCGAUACCAUGGAAGAAGGUGAGGAGGAGGAAGAAGAGGAGGAAGAGGAAGAGGAAGAAAGCGAAAAUCGAAUUUUUCAAAGUUCUUACGGUGAUUCGAAUCAACCGGAAGAAACGUCGGCAAGAGAAAUAUUAAUCGAUAUAAAUCCAUCAUCUCCCGAACCUUUUCAAUCCCUUCAAAGUUUUUCACAGAGUAUGCAAACACCCGGUAGAAAUAACGAAUAUUUAACAAACACGUCGAAUCAAAGUAAUUUUCAAAUUUUACCCACAAGUUUAAACACUCUGAGUUUCGGAAGUGACAGAACGAAAAGAUCACCCAUGAAUUCUACGACAUCCGGUCGGGAUUCUUUAUACGUCACGAAAACGUUACAAACCGGUAUAAAUCCGAAUUUACUUCCGUUUGCACCGAGAACUCAACUGAUAAAAAGACUUGAUCGUCCUCCGGGUGGUAUUUUUUUGGACACGUCGGUUUUAAGUAAUUUAGGUGAGCCUACGACGCCAUUAUCGUGGAACUGCAGAAGAAAUCAAUCGAGAGAAGGUUUACAAUGGAAGAAAAACAAGAGUAAUUUUUCACUACCCAACGUUCCCGGAGCAACGAGUAGUCCGUUGAAAAAUUCAAAGAAAAAACUUACCACUCUUUCGCUCAAUCCGGGUGAUGCAUUCAUAUCACCGGUAAAGAAUAAAUUCAACUCGUCCACCUUCUGA